AUGUUAUCAUUGAUUUCGUUAUCUCACUCUUCAUCGUUUCCUCGAUCUUUCAUGUUGACUGGAUGGUAUUAUGCAUUUGUUAUUCAGCGAUAUUCAUCAUCGAACCGUCCAUCGACAUCUUCAAACUCGAUAGUAUCACCGAGAAAAUCCGGUGUAGUCACUCAAACAUUUGAUGCAAUGAUUGAUUUUCGACGUCAACAAGCAAGACGAACACUCCUGAUACAUCUCGGUCGCAGUCAUUCCGAAUCGGAGUUAUACAAAUUGUGCUCACGAAUCGGCUCAAUUACAAAUAUGACACUGUAUACAACUAAUAAAAGGGAAUGUGCUUUGCUCGAGUUUUCCAAUGAACAAAGUGUCAAAAAUCUUCUAAAGAUUACCAGUCAUUUCACGAAUGAAAAUCGUUUGCCAUGUGUAUCAAGAAAUCUUUAUUUUGCAUCUCAAUAUACAGGUGCACGAUUGAAAUAUCCACCUGUUGGCCGUGAAGUUCAGCAGCCCGACGAUUUACUCGUAGAUAAAGCUUUAAAUGAUAUUCAUAACGUAAGUGAUCAAAUUCGUUACUUUUGGCAAAAAACAAAACUAACUGAAGUUGAUACUCGCUUACGAUAUUUUGUUGCUUCACUUGUCGAAGAGGCAUUGGGAAGUAUUUUUGUUGAUACUGUUUGUCUUCCAUUUGGUUCAUCUGUAAACACGUUUGGAAAAUCUCGCUGUGAUCUUGAUAUGUUAUUAUCUUUUGAAGAUUUUCGAAAUAAAAAUAUAAAAUUUGAUGGAAAAAUGCAACAACUUCGUUUUUUAACAAAACGCAGCUAUUUGAAUGAUCGAUUUCAAGCACAAGCUUAUCUUAAAAUUCUUGCCGAUACAUUAAAACAUUUCAUGGCCGAAUGUACGAACGUACAAAUAAUACUUCCAGCACGUGUACCUAUCGUUCGAUUUCAACAUCGGCUAUCUGAUCUUCAAUGUGAUGUAUCAAUGAGUGAAUUUAAAUCUUCAUAUUAUAUGUCAAAAUUACUAUGGAGUUUGAGUUCAACUGAUAGUCGUGUUGCACCGAUUGUUUUUGCUAUUCGACGUUGGGCACGUGAAGCUUCUAUAACACAAAGCGCACCGGGACCUUGGUUUUCAAAUUUUCAAAUGACAUUACUUGUUAUUUUCUAUCUUCAAUCUAUUGAAAUUUUACCUAAACUGAACUAUAUCAAUGAACAAUAUACUACAGCAACAACAGCAACAUCAUCAUUUCAAGAUGGAAUUGCAGCUAAUGGUGAUCUUAGUGAUGAUGUAAUUCUUAUGAAUGAACUUGAAAAUAUUCGUCAUAUUCCAGCAAAUAAAGCCAAUAAUAGCUCACUUGCUAUUCUGCUCAAAGGAUUUUUCUCAUUUUAUGAAAAGUUUGAUUUUCAAUCGUCUAUUAUAACUUUACUUGAACGUCAAAAUAUGUCAAAAUCAUCGUUGAUUCAAGCUGGUAAAGAUAAAGAAUGGCCAAUAUUUGUUGAAAAUCCACUUGUACCAUCGAUGAAUGCAUCAAAAAAUCUCGUCGAAUCGGAAGCUGAACGAUUUCGUCAAACAUGCACAAAAGCAUCACAAAUUUUAUCACAAUCAUCGAAAAAUCUUAUAUCAUUAUUUGAAGAAUGUCGACAAGCUAUACCCGAUGAUCUUAUUGCACGUGCUUAUCCAGCACCCAUAUCAAUAAUGCCUGAUUUAGAAACAGAUAUUGAUCAAGAAGAAUUGACCACCAUCGGUCAUAUACAGCAAGAACAAAUUGAACGAGCAUUCGAUCAUAGUCAUCAUCAUAUCGCUAAUUCAUGA